AUGGUUUUCAAAUUUUCCACCAUUGAUCUCUCCAAGGAUGUCGAUGCUUCCGCCCUGCUUUCGCCGCCGACUUCUCCGUCAUCGUCGUCCACUGCUUGCUUUCCACUUGGCAAGGGCUUCACCAGAGCUGUUGCGGCCGCCGGCAGAGCUGCGGGAGGCGCGUUCACUGCCCCUGUCAACGGGAUUUCUAGGUGGAGGUCGAAGAAAUCCUCGGGCGGCAUUAAUCUCCAGCCGCUUGGCCCUCAGAGAAAGUAUCUACAGGGGUUAUGUGCUGAGAAGUUGGAGGAAGAACUCGAGAAGGUGAAGGAUCAGUUAGAUAAAGUGUUGGAAGAACUUCGCUCUGCCCGAACCCAGAAAUCGCAGCAGGUCGGGGACCGAUUCACGGAGACCAACCGGAGCAGAAAGGAGUUGGAGCUGAAAAUGAUUGAGGCCGCUGAAAUGCUGCGGACUUUUAGACAAGAGCGAGAGCUGUUGCAGAUCGGCCUCGAUAACGCACUCCAAAAGGCCGAGGAGGUGAGUAGAAGAAAAGGCAAUUCCUCGAGCACAGAGUACUUCUCCGAGCUCUCCAUGACCGAAAUCAAGGAAGCUUCACAAAACUUCAAGCAGUCCUUGAAGAUCGGAGAAGGCGGUUGGGGAAGCGUGUAUAGAGGUUUCCUUCGACAUACGCCGGUGGCUAUAAAGAUCAUGAAAUUUCCUAGCAUGCAAGGUUUACAGGAAUUUCAACGGGAGGUGAAUGUGUUGAGCAAGCUGAGGCAUCCUAAUCUCAUCACGCUCAUCGGCGCUUGUCCCGAGCCCUGCACUCUUGUUUAUGAAUAUUCUCCAAACGGCAGCCUUGAAGACUGGCUCCGCAACAGCAACAGGGCAAAGCAGCUGCCAUGGCGAGCCCGGAUACGUAUCGCCACGGAGCUCUGCUCCGUCCUGGCCUUCCUCCACUCUUGCAAGCCUCACAGCAUCGUCCACGGGGAUGUCAAACCAGGGAACAUCCUACUGGAUAGGCACCUCGUGAGCAAGCUCAGCGAUUUUGGCAUCUGCAGGCUGCUGCCGUGGGGCGAGCAGUCGAGCAACAACAACACCGUCGUGUACCCAACGGAUCCGAAAGGGACGUUUGGGUACAUGGACCCUGAGUUCCUCGUCACUCGAGAGCUCACCACAAAGUUCGAUGUUUAUUCUUUCGGGAUUAUACUGCUUGAGUUAUUGACGAGGAGGCCCACCUUAGGAAUAGCGAAGGAAGUGCGAAGGGCGGUCAGUGCAGGGACUUUGGAGGAUAUCUUGGAUCCAUUGGCUGGAGAGUGGCCCUAUAUGGUGGCCAAGGAGUUGACUGAUUUGGCUUUGAGGUGCUGCGAGAUGAGCAGAAGGAAUAGGCCGGAUCUCCAGUCAGACGUGUGGACAACACUCCUGAGUUUGUUCACUUUCAAUUUCUGUAAAGAGGAGUUUCUGCCGCUGUUGCCGUACUUGACACACGUCGACUUGGCCGGGAUUGAUCGUAUAAUUACUCUCCCUGAGUUUGGAGUCCCAGCGAUCAUGCCGAGCUUUGAGGGGGCCACAUCUGAACAGGCGACGCCGGAGUCCGAAGACAAGAUUUAUGUUGCUGUCGGGGAGGAUGUGGAAGAGGGCAAAGCGAAGCUUAUUUGGACAGUGAAUCAACCAAGAGGCAACAGCAGGAUCUGUAUCAUUCAUGUUCUAGUUCCUUCAAAGACGAUCACCAUGGUAGAACUUGGAGCCGGAAUGCCUGUGAGCUCGGUCAACGAAAUAGUGUUGAGAGAUCACGAAGAGAAAGAGAGGAUAAAGAUGCAAGAAAUCUUGCAUACCUACCUGCGCUUCUGUGAACAAAUGGGGGUACAGGCAGAGAAAGAGCACGCAAAGUCAGACAGUGUUGAAAAGGGAAUUGUGAAACUCAUACGUUCGCAUAAGAUAAGAAAUCUUGUAAUGGGUGCAGCAGCUGAAAGCCGCUAUUUCAGGGAGAUGACAGAAAUCAAAUCCAGAAAAGCCAAGUUUGUUCACAAAGAAGCGGACAUAUCUUGUCAAAUUAGGUUUAUUUGCAACGGGCUCCUCAUUCACACAAGGGAAGCUUGGGAGUUUCAAGCCGUUGCACCAUCGCCGACGACUCUGACCCCUGGAGGCGGAAAGUGGAAGCUCUCGAAAUCACAAUCCGCCAGGCUGCAGAGGAGUGGCACGGCGAAGUUGAGCAACCCGAUUCAAGACAUUCUGAGAAGAGUGGUCUCUUCAAGAGCCGACCGACGUGUGGUGAUGCCGAUAGCUUCUCCUUCCCCAGAUAGCACUCCUCAUGGGCUGCCUACUGCGGCGAGCAUGCUGGAGAGGCAAGACACUUUCCGAGAACGUGAACCGUUCUCAACGAGUCUUUUCCAUGGUCCGCAGCGGAAUCAGUCGGUCUUCUGUACAGGCCAUUCAUCACUUUCUGACACUCUGGAUAUGAACGAAAACAAUGCGCGAGAAGUGCUUGAGGAAGGAGCAAUGACCGGUGCUGAAGCAGAAGUAGAUGUCGUUGAAGGCGAGCGAAAGGAUACCAGGAAGUUGAAAGAAGAACUUGAGAAGGUGAAGGAUCAGCGAGACAAAGCGAGGGAAGACCUUCGCAUUGCCCAGGAUCAGAAAGCGCAGUUGGAGCUGAAAAUCAUCUCGAUGGAGCAAAUGUUUAAACAAGAGCGGGAGCUGAGGCAGAUCGAACUCGAUAAUGCGCUCCAAAAGGCCGAGGAGGAGAGCAGAAGACAAGGAGAUUCCUCGGGCACCAAGUUCUUCCACGAGUUCUCCAUGACUGAAAUCAAGGAAGCUGUGUGGAACUUCGAGCCGUCCCUAAAGAUCGGAGAAGGCGCUUGCGGGAAUGUGUAUAGAGGUUUCCUUCGAAAUACGCCGGUGGCCAUAAAGAUCAUUAAACUUCAUAGCAUGCAUAGUUCGCAAGAAUUUCAACAGGAGGUGGAUGUGUUGAGCAAGGUGAGGCAUCCUUAUCUUAUCACGCUCAUCGGCGCUUGUCCCGAGCCCUGGACUCUCGUUUACGAAUAUUUUCCAAACGGAAGCCUCCAAGAUUGGCUCCGCAGCCACAACAGAGCGAAACAGCUGUCUUGGCUAAUCGGGAUAAACAUCGCCAUGGAGCUAUGCUCUGUCCUAGCCUUCCUCCACUCCUGCAAGCCCCACAGCAUCGUCCAUGGGGAUGUCAAACCAGGGAACAUCUUACUCGAUGCGAACCUCCGGUGUAAGCUCAGCGAUUUUGGCAUCUGCCGACUUCUGUCUCGCGGUGAGCGGUCGAGCAACAACACCACAGUCCUGUACCCGACUGAAGCGAAAGGGACACCUGCGUACAUGGACCCUGAAUUCUUCGUCACGCAAGAGCUCACAAAAAAGUUCGAUGUUUAUUCUUUCGGGAUUAUAUUGCUGGAGUUAUUAACUAGAAGGUCCGCCCUAGGAAUAGUGAACGAAGUGCAAAAGGCAAUCAAUGCUGGGACUUUGAAGGACAUCUUGGAUCCUUUGGCUGGAGAGUGGCCCCAUUUGGUGGCCGAGGAGUUGACUGAUUUGGCUUUGAGGUGCUGCGAGAUGAGCAGAAGGAAUAGGUCGGAUCUCGGGUCACACGUUUGGACAGUGCUCCAGUCGAUCGGAGCUUCCUGUCGAUAAACCUAGUGGUUUGCGAGGAUCGCUCGAUUUAUGUUUAUAUGCAU